AUGACACUUGACUCUGUUCUCUUGUAUACGGUGCCGCCAGCUUCGAUUAUCUUGGAAUGGCCCGAUGCGGAUAAGUAUCUCAGCCUGCCGCAUCGCAAUCGCGGCCGUCUGCUCUACUCGCAAUCACGCCAGACACAUGGUUUCCUAGUCUACUGGACCAAGGCUAUGGACCCAAGUGUCCAGAACAAACCAUGGUUCAACCAACUGCAGCAUGUAGAGAUUGAAAUAGACAGCUCCAACGCAUUUUAUACCGGCGGUUAUGCCGAUAAUGCAACGCCCUUUUUGUGGGCAGAGCCUCAAUUGAAGAGACUCCAAACACUCACCAUUGUCUUCUCACGUGCGCAUACGUUUGACCAGGUCAUCCAGGAUCCGUACGAGAUAUUGGAGGGGUCAAAUCUGCACUGGCUUUGCAACUGGUGGAUACGCUACGACGGAUGGUAUGAUCCGCCAGAAGGGAGACCCAAGGCUUCCUUUUAUGCCCGCGUCAUUAGCUGCGACACGGGGCCAGAAGAGUGGCUGACGCCGGAGAACUAUAAAGAGAAGCGCAUUAAAUUGGAUCGACAGUUGGAGGAGUUUCGGGCACAUAGUGCGCGGACGCAUCUUCUUUACCAAGUCCGCUGGGAUUAUGAGAGGAACCCGCCUGGGAUGGUUGGCUGGGAUCUUGUUACGUAUGAUGAGCUCUGA